UAUGUGAUUUAUUGGCAGACUGGUGCAAACGCAAAGGACGAUCUACCACUUUCUUAAAAAAAAAACCGUGGACCCCUUAAACGAAAAAGUGAAUCAGAUGGAUGCAAAAAUUGGAGCUGUUUUGGAGCGGUUAUUUUCAGAGGUGAUUGCUUUAAGGAAAGAAAAUGGUACCCUUCGAAACAAUAAGAGACCAACCAUUGCAGAGGGCGUCCUGCCAAGAAGCCCAUUUAAGGAAAAGCAUGCAUUUAUGGAAUUUGAAAAAGACCUUGGGAGUUCAAGUGAAAAACAACAAUUAUUGGUUUCUGAACUCGAAGCUAUAAAUAUUUUAAAUGUAGAUAAAUGUUUAAGAACGUACUGGCGGAAAAUUAUUACAGAUGAGGUAGCAGAACUUUUCUCGUGGAAGGGAACUGGUACCAAAUGCAACGCUAUUGCUUUGGCAACGACUGCGGCAAUAAGAAGUUUAAUUUCUUAA